UCUCCAACAGGCUCUCUCUCCUGUUCCCUCCUGUUCCCUCCCACUCUCGCUGUCUGAGCAGGAGAAAAGAGUGGAGAGAGAGAAAGAGGGAGCCAUACGACACAAAAAGAGGAGCAGAAUAGUAGGAAAAGAGAGAGAAAGCAGUUCGGGCAGUUGCUUAAUGAUAAACCAGCUCCACCACCUCACACCCAACAGCUCCAGCGUCUGACACAGCCUGCUGCUCUUCCUGUGCGGUCCCCUGAGCCGCACACACCUCACUGCGAUGGUGCAGAAUCAGUCAUUCUCGUUGUUCACCUCCGCCCCUGCCGUGCAGCGGAACUCCAGUGAGGGUGAGGGGAUAAUGAGCAACCCCACCUCCACCGCGGUGGGAGCACUCAUCCUCAGCCUCGUCUUCCUCCUGGGCGUCCCAGGGAACCUCUUCGUCGUCUGGAGCAUCCUGGCUCGAGCCCGCCGACGCUCCGUCACCACCCUCCUCAUCCUCAACCUGGCGUGUGCCGACGGCUUCCUGAUGACCCUCACCAUCUUCUUCGUGGUGUACCUGGCCAAGCGGAGCUGGGUGUUCGGGAACGGCAUGUGCAAGUUGCUCUUCUACCUGUGCCUGGCCAACAUGUACGCCUCCAUCCUGCUCAUCACGCUAAUGAGCCUGCACAGGCUGGUGGUGAUGGUGCGGCCUCGGCACAUCAGCGCCCUCGCUGGCUGGAAGACGGUACUGCGCCUGCUGGUGGCGCUGUGGCUGCUGGUGUUGGUCAUGUCUGUCCCUGCCUUGCUGUUCAGAGAGGAGAGGAAAGCCAGCAACCAGAGCGACUCCCACAUGGUGUGCGAGGCUCGGCAUAGCAAAGCCCAAUAUGUGAUCUUCCAGUACAGCUUUGAGACGGUGACGGGCUUUGUGCUCCCGUACGGCGUGAUCGUCAGCAGCUACGUGUGCAUCCUACGCCGCCUCCGGCAGACCAGGUUCCGCCGCCGAAUCCGCAGUGAGAAGCUCAUCCUGGCCAUCGUCAUCACCUUCGGCCUCUUCUGGCUGCCCUACCACGUCAUCAACAUGGUGCAGGUUGCAGAGCAGUUCCUUCCAGUUGACUCUGUUGUGAGAAAAAGACUGGGUCUCAUCUGGACAAGGAGUCGUGCGGCCACCUCUGCGCUGGCCUUCAUCAGCAGCUGUGUGAACCCCGUCCUCUACACCUUCGCCGGGAAGGCCUACAUCCGCCGCAACGGCCUGGCCUUCAUGGCGCGACUGUUCGAGGGCAUGGCGCUGGACUCGGGCACCAGGAAGACCCGGAAGAGCAGCCGGGAGAGGGUGGGGCUGGGACUGAGAGAGAGAGAAACAGAUUCCUCAGCAAGUGCUGCCCUCAGCCCAACCCCCAACACCACGCCCAUCGCCAUGACCACGCCCCCCAACACGGCCACACCCAUCACUGUGACCCUGCCCAUCACUGCGGCCAUGCCCAUCGCUGCAGCCACGCCCAUCACUGUGGCCACCCCCAUCACUGAUGGCAGUGCAGUGACAAACGGAAGAUAACGCUGGCUUACUGUCCGAGUUCUUUUGGAUUGAUCUGAGCAGCUAUGCAGACUCACAUUCCUGGGGGUUGUACAGUCGUACAAUUUUUAAUCUCAAUAAGUAGCAAACAUGAGCCACACAGUAAGCAGCGUGAUAAACAUCUGGAGGAGGGUGUGACUUUUAAAAGAUUUUUGAGGCUUUAAGCCUAUUGGUCUACCUUGUUGUUUCAGAGGUCAUAAGGUGUGGCAUAUCCAAUUAUGCUGGGAAGAUUUGAUUAGUCUGUGAAUACAUUUCAAUAUAGCAGAAUUGCUAAUUCUGAUUUUUUUUGUUAUUUCAUGCUUGUUUUUGAGUAGAUGCAUUCUUACAUAUUUUGACAUGUUUGUUCAGGUAUGAAAAUAAAUGUUUUAGGAUUAUUGGGGGCCAAGCAGCAAAGCUGCAUAGGCACCCAUUGUGUUUGUAGCUUUUCUGAUUAUUCUUUUUCUUCUUCUUCUGGCCAGGGUGUCUAUGGCAGCCCCUAGAACCGUAUGGUAAAAAGUUUUGAAAUU